GCUAUAAGACAUUUGCCGCCGCACUUUCCUGCACUCUUGUUGGUCUUGCUUUGCUUGAGAGCUGAAGAUGUCUCUCACAAAAGCGUUGACGUUUUUAGCAGUGGUUGUGCUCGCGUCUGCUGCGAACCGCAGAACCCCGGAGGAAGCUCGGCAAAUCGCCCUUCGCGUGCUGGAAAGUGUGCCACUUGUUGACGGACACAAUGAUCUGGCGAUGAACAUCCGACAACUAGCUGAUGGCAAGCUCUCAAAUGUUGACUUGAGUCAAAAUUUGACCGACAACCCGCUUUGGCAAGGGUGCAACAACUGCCACACCGACAUUCCCAGGCUCAGGGCGGGCAUGGUCGGAGCUCAGUUUUGGUCCGCGUACACCGGCUGCCGCACCCAGUACCUUGACUCUGCUCAGUGGACCAUUGACAUUAUUGACAUCAUCAAGAGAUUCACCACGAAGCACAGCGCUGACUUUAAGUUUGUUACCACUGCUCAAGGAAUCUGGGAUGCAUUCAACGAGGGAAAAAUCGGCAGUUUGAUUGGAGUUGAGGGUGGCCACAGCAUAGACAACCGUAUUAGCGUGUUGCGCCAGUUCUACGACCUCGGGGUGCGCUACAUGACCCUGAACCACGUUUGCAACACUCCUUGGUGCGACUCGUCUCCUGUGGACGAUCCAGAGUCAGGCAUUGCUCCCAAUCUCAACGGACUUAGUGACUUUGGAGUUACCGUGAUACGUGAGAUGAACAGAUUGGGAAUGCUGGUGGACUUAUCUCACGUGUCCAAAGCGGCUCAGAUUCAGACGAUUGGAGUUUCCAGGGCUCCAAUCAUUUUCUCUCACUCAAACGCUUUUGCCUUGUGCAAUCACCACAGAAACGUUCACGAUGACGUUUUGCAGCUUGUGAGGGACACAAACUCUAUUGUGAUGGUUAAUUUUUACAAUUAUUACGUGACGUGCAGUGGCAGUGGAACCAUUCAAGACGUAGCAAAUCACAUAAAUUACAUUGCUAAUCUGGCAGGAUUUGACCACGUGGGCAUUGGAUCCGAUUUUGAUGGCAUUGAGAGUCCGCCUGUUGGCUUGAGCGACACUUCCUACUACCCUGAUCUGUUUGCUUUGCUGGCCGAAGACCCGAAUUGGACCGAAGCUAACCUGCGCAAACUGGCCGGAGAAAAUCUGAUCCGCGUCUUCACAGACGUCGAGAGAGUCCGCGAUGAAAUGGCAGCUGAAGGAAUCACGCCUUUUGAGGAAAACAUUCCAGUGAGUGAUUUGGGCACAAACACUCAGUGCUACACUGACUACUAACGUGGAUUCCAGAUGUUUUAAUAAAUUUAAAAAAUAGCCAGCAAA